AUGUUCUCACUCACCAGAGCCAUUCAAUUGGCUUCGUUGCUGGCCAUUCCGGCAGCAGCUCAUACUAAGUCCUACGUCUCAACUCUGUCGAACUAUUCCCAGAGUCUCUUCACGGAGUCGAUGUCGUGGAUGGAUGGGUAUUAUGAUCCUUCUGCAGGAUAUCUCUUCGAUGAGAGCUCUGCUACAGCAUUAAGACACGAGACAAGAAGUUCGGCUUGGUACGCGAUUGGCCUGCUGGCACGAAAUGAAGGCAAAGAUGUUGAAUACGCCAUGGACAUCAUCACGAAUGUGAUUAAUGGACAGUUCAAGGACCCGGCAGAUCAAUGGUAUGGUGAUUACCAGCAAGAGCCAGAAGAACCAACAGUGGGAACCUCAUACUAUCCUGAGAAGCUGUACAAUUCCUGGGAUCCUAACUGGCGUGGCUUUAUUUCCACGGCGUUCAUCGUUGGUUUGGAGGAAUUUGGACAUCUGAUUACACCUUCCGUUACCAAUCUCCUGCUUGAAUCUCUAUACAACGCAACCAAGGGAGAUGAAUACCGGGUCGGUGGCGUAGACGGGGACAAUUUAUACCCCGCUUACACCAAUCCUUCACUGAUGCGAGCCUUCACUGCCGGAUGGACAGGCAGAAAGCUGCAUGAUUCAAACAUGACUACUGCAGGCGAGAAUUACGCAACUGCUGUCUUGAAACUCUUCAAUCGUGCCAACACGUUAUCUGAAUUUAACAGCGGCACUUAUACCGGAGUUUCGCUGUUCGCUCUCAGCCUGUGGUCAAAAUACCUACCCGAGGAUUCCAUCAUGAAACAAAAUGGACCAAGAAUGAUGCAGUACACAUGGGAGGCAGUUUCUCAACUGUGGCAUCCACAAUUGAAGAACAUCGCAGGACCUUGGGAUCGAUCCUAUGGAUUUGACAUGAACAGAUACCUCAGCCUGAUGGCACUUCAUUUGUGGAAUGUCAUCGGAAAAGACAAAUCUUCCAUUAUUCCCAAGACUCCGGCACUGUCUCAUAUCGCCGAUUUUGCUUACGGUCCCCUCUUUGCCAUUCUUGGCGAAUUCCAAAAUUCGAUGAUACCCUCAGACGUCGUCACGAAGCUCAGCAAUUUUUCUGGCGAGCACACCUUCACUUCAUCAGCGUUCUCGCCACCUUUCGACAUCUAUCCUCGCAACAUUACAGCUUGGCUUGCACCUAAUAUUAGCAUCGGCGCUGAAACAUUUAAUGAGACUGUGAUUGGUGGUCCCGCCACGAACCCUGAUACAUUCAAUCCAGCCGUGAUUCAGUGGGAUACUGGAAAUGGCGUUGGGUGGUGCAAUCUGUUCGCUACUGAGUCCUAUGUUACAGCGGUCGCCAGCGCUAAUACUUUGAAUCUCACCUACCCCCUCGGAGACGCGAAUUCAAUAUUUUCUUUUAUCGUAUCGCCCUUUAAAGCGAAGAAGGAUGUCACAAGCUGGGAAGAUGUUCAAGGUCUCUCUGUCCAUGUAUCUGGUAAUGUCAAUAUGUCGUAUACCGUUGGCUUCGCUGGAUCAUAUGGUGGUGCUUAUACAGUCAUCAACGAUUUUGAAUUUUGGAACUUCACUUACACGAUGCCCGCCAAUUUCACCGGCAUUCCAGCGAUAACUUUGGAGCUGGAGCUAAAUUGA